AUGCGCACAUGCACGUGGCCUGAGAGGUUUUCAGUGGGGAGGGUCACCGUGUCAGAGAAAAAGCAGCCGGUAGACUUGGGUCUCUUGGAGGAAGACAACGAGUUCAAGGAGUUCCCUGAGGAAGACUGGGCUGGCUUAGAUGAAGAUGAAGGUGCACAUGUCUGGGAGGAUGAUUGGGAUGAUGACAGUGUAGAUGAUGACUUCUCCAAUCAAUUAGGAGCUGAACUACAGAAACAUGGUUAUAAGAUGGAGACCUCAUAG